AUGCGGCUCAACAUCACAUCUGCGAAGGAGCGCCACAGCGAGGCGUGCACAACUGUCGCUGUUUCCCUAAACGGCGACAUUAUCAGUGGUAGCGACGACUUCACUGUUCGUCGGUGGAACGCCAAUGGGGAGGCUCUAGGGGUGGUGAAGGAGUUCGAAAGCUGUGUAACCUUCCUGACAUGGGUUCCGACGGCAGGGCGUGGGGCGCGUCUGGCCCGUGGCGCGGCAGCGGAGACGCGUGAGGGGCGCGACAACUGCCUUGUAGCGUGCGCCGAUGGCAGUUUUUCCUUUCUGAACACGGCGAGCGGGCGAGUCGAGCGGACCAUCGAGGCGCACAUCGGCAGCAUUACGGCUACGGUCUACGCCGCCGACGGCUCCUCCAUCAUUACGGCCGGCGAGGACGGGUGCGUGAAGGUGUGGUCGCAGGCCGGGAUCCCUCGCACGACUCUCGCCAACGUGGGCCGGUGCAUCAACGCGCUGUGCUGGGGCAAGGAGGCGACCGAGCUGGGCGGCGACUGCGUUCUGUACGCCGUCGGCAGCGACGUGGUCAUCAAGCCUCUGAACCCCGCCAUGAAGAAGCAGAUCAAGUGGAAGGCGCACAAAGGUGUCGUACUGUGCGCGGACUGGUCGCGCAUGAGCGGCAUGAUCGUGACGGGUGGCGAGGACGGCGUGUAUAAGGUGUGGGACCCGCAUGGCUGCAGCAUCUUUGUCUCUGCCGCUGGCGAGCACCCCAUCACAUCUGUGCGCUUUGCCGCAGAUGGCGAGAGCUUCGCUGUCGGCUCCUUCAUGAACGUGCGCGUGUGUGACAAGACUGGCUGGAGCCACUCGUACGAGCGCACCACCGAGGGCAGCGCAAUGGCGCUAGACUGGAUGCCAGAUGGCACGCAGAUGAUUCUCGGCAACGGCACUGGUGCGCUUAGCAUUGCCCAGAUUGUUGACCGCAAGGUGAGCUGGGGCCCGUACAGCGUCACCCUUCUCGAUAGCCGACGGCUUACUGUGCAGGAUGUGGUCAAGGACACAGUGCAGGAGAUUGAGUUAGCAGACAAGGUCAUCAAGGUAGAGCUGGGCUGCGGCUACCUGGUCGUGUGCACAACGACACAGUGCUGCUGCUACUCCAUGGACCGCUUGAACGCGCCUGUGCAGUUUGACCUGCGCGACCCCGUCAUCUCGAUCAUUCUGGGACUACGCCAGUUCCUGCUGGCCGACUGCAGUCAAGGGCUGCAAGUGUUCUCGUACGAGGGCCGCCAGAUCAGCGUGCUGCGUCUGCAGGUCGCUCUGAAGCCGGAUAUAAUGACGAUAAACCUGCUCUCCCUGUCCCCGGACACGGUUGCGAUGCGCGACCCGGCCGACGCCAGUCACAUCCUCUUCUUCGACGUCAGCAGUGGCAAACUCUUCGACGACGCCUCCGUAGCCCACCAUCUCGACAUCGUGUCGGUUCACCUCUCCCAGUCGGGCUCCCUACACGACCGCAAGAUCGCUUUCAUUGACCGCAACAACGACUUGUAUUUUGGCCCAGUGCACACCAAGCUUGGCUUCCAUAAGCUGUCAACGAUGACGACCAGCGUAUCAUGGCACGACGCCCACGAGACCCUCGUCGCCAUCGCCGACGGUCACUUCGCAACGUGGUACUACCCCUCCACCAUCUUCACUGAUCGCGACUUGCUGUCACUCACCAAGACCGUGCGUGAUGACGGCCAUGUCGAGUUCACGCGGAACGACCGUAUCACGCAUUUCCAUCACACCCGCGUCCUGGUGCGGCGCGGCGGCGACGGCGCUCUGCUGACGCUGCCUGUCUCGCCGUACCCAGUGAUGAUCUUCCAGCUUGUCACGCAGAAGAACAACUGGGAAGGCGCCACCCGACUUGCGCGGUUCCUAAAGGACCAACUACUGUGGGCGGUGCUGACCGCGCUAGCGCUGCGAGCCGGCGAGCUGAACGUGGCCGAGAUCGGCUACGGUGCUCUCAGCGACUUGGCCAAGGUGCGGUACAUUCAUUACAUCAAGGGCAUCCCGACUCCGGAGGCGCGACAGGCGGAGCUUGCACUGCUCCAGCACCGCCCUGCCGAGGCGGAGCGCAUCUUGCUGCAGGCCGGCCUCGUCUAUCGCUGCAUCGACAUGUGCACGCGUCUGUUCAGGUGGGAGCGGGCGUUGGAGAUUGCAAAGGAGCGCAAGACGCACCUGGACACGGUGCUGGGCCGCCGGGAGCGCUACUUGCAGGAGGUCUCGCAGAAGGAGACGCUUGCCCCGUUCAAGGAUCUGUCCGGCAAGGUGAAGAUCGACUGGGCAGUGAUUGAGGAGAAGGUGAAGCAGGAGGCCGCCAAGGAGUUGGAGCGGCCAAAUGCAAGGCCGUACGCGUAG